AUGGCCUCGCCCGAGGAGAAGAGACCGCAGGCGACGCCGGAUUCGCCACAAGACCCGGAAUCAGGCGCGAGCUCGCUUUCGCUGGACAAGGAUGUCGCGAUAAAGCUCGUGGGCGAGCAUGCGCAGGAAAUAGAUCCGGAGAUCGAGAAGAGGGUGCUUCGCAAGAUUGAUCUGUUUCUCAUUCCUGCUAUGAUUGUCGGCUACGGUCUCGUGUACUACGACAAAGCAAUAUUGGGUUCCGCAGUAUUGUUCGGCAUGACCAAGGACCUAUCUCUGAGCGUGGUUCACCACACCACGCCGCCAACAACCGACACAAAGCGUCUAAGCUGGGCCACGUCCCUCUUCUACUUUGGGAUGCUUGCUGGCCUCUACCCUAUGACGUUUGCGCUGCAACGCUUCAAUCUGGGCCGCAUUCUCGGCGGCGUCGUUAUCGUGUGGGCUCUCAUCUGCAUGCUGACUGCCGCGGUGACCACCUGGAGAGGUCUUUAUGCGCAGCGCUUCUUCCUUGGCUUCGUCGAGAGCGUCAUUCCAACGGGCUUCAUGUGCAUCGUCAGUGGGUAUUACACGCAAGAGGAGCAGGCCUUGCGGCAGAGCUGGUGGUUCUCAUCGACGGGGCUUUUCACGAUCAUUGGCGGCGCGCUGAACUACGGGUUCGCGCAGAUUACUGGGGGCGCGCUGAAGAGGUGGCAGUAUAUUUACAUCCUUGCGGGGUGCUUGACGUUCCUCUUUGGCAUCUUCUGCUUCUUCAUACCGAAUUCGCCGGUCGAGGCGUGGUUUCUUACGACGGAGGAGAAGGUAGUCGCGGUCGAGAGGCUGAGGAAGGGGCAGACUGGGGUGCGAUGCCAAAAGAUCAAGAUGGCGCAGGUCAAGGAAGCUCUCCUCGAUGUCAAGCUAUGGCUUAUCUUCGUCAUGAUGGGAUCGGCGUACACUGUCAAUGGGGCUGUAUCUGGCUUCGGACCCUUGAUUGUGUCGACUUUUGGGUGGUCCACACUGGAGUCGAUUCUGUGGCAGUUUCCUCUUGGUGGCCUUUGCUUUUUUGCAAUCCUGGCAUGUGGAUGGGCCUCUGCUCGAUUUCAGAACAUACGGAUCAUCUUGCUGAUCAUCAACUGCUUGCCGGUUAUCGCAGGUUGCGCAAUGAUCUGGAAGGGCAGCUGGACAUAUCAUGCUGGCACGCCUGUUGCGGGCUAUAGCAUCAUCGGGACCUUCGGUGCGGUAGUGAGCUUGACAAUUGUCAUCGGAAUGAGCAACGUGGCAGGAGCUACCAAGAAGAGCGUUAUGGCCGGUUCUAUUUUUGUCGCCUACUGUGUGGGCAACAUAGUUGGUCCGCAGCUCAUCAAGAGCGAGACAAAGAAGGAUCAUUACCCGGAGCUUUGGACCGGUUUGAUCAUCAGUUACUGCAUCACUAUCGUGGCUUCGGUCGCUCUUUACGUAGUCCUGUGGAGGGAGAACAAGAAGAGGGAAGGCCAUUCGGACAACGAAGAGGAACGAGACCGACUGGCGUUUUUGGACCUGACCGACGGAGAGAACCCAUACUUUAGAUACGUCCUUUGAUAGAGCGGAGGCUUUCCGCCUGUCCACAUGAACACGUCAUUACCAUCACAUGUCAGAUGGACCUACCGGAAAGCAUCGCCAGCUUCAGCUCGGGCUACAGCUACGGGGGGACACAAACUUGCCCGUGGAACGCGUAAUGGAUGUUUCGUUGCAGCUAGGGAUGGUAGACGUGUAUGCAGAUGCCUGGGAUUGGUCGUGACACACACUCGAAUAUGAGGCGGGGCCGGAACGUUUGCGGCGAGCGGGCCGGAGGGAGGAGACGACGGAUGAGGCUGACAUGGAACAUGGAGGGGGUGAUGUGCGAGUGCGGGCGCCAGUCAGCCAAGGCGGCCCCGUCCCGAACGUCUGGUUGACGGCUCGCAGCAAUGGCCAUUCACGGGCGUUAGUAGUCCGCCUCUUUGGCGUUUCCCUCUGCCCUCCUCCUGCGCUUUGUAGUACCUCAGCUGUGGUCACCUGCCUUUUGCGUGGGUUUUGCGACCAAUACCAUC